CGAGCAAUCAAUCAGAGCGGGCGGGGAGGAGAAUACAAGGCCCCUUCGUCUCGCCUCCCACCACCAACCCUUCCUCCGCCUCCGCCGCCGCCGCCUGGAGCUGAAAGUAUCCCAGAUCUGAGCCCGCCUUCCGAUGGCGAUGCCUUCCUCCCCUUCCCCCACACGCCUUCCAACGGCCUCCUCCUCCUACUGGUGCUACCAGUGCGACCGCUUCGUGCGCGCCGCCUCCCCGCUCUCCUCCCCCGCCUGCCCCUCCUGCGGCGGCGGCUUCCUCGAGGAGAUGAGCGCGCCGCCGCCACGACCGGCCUACCUCCGCCGCCCCCGCGCGCACCACGCCGCCGACUCCCGCGCGGCCUCGCCCUUCAACCCCGUCAUCGUGCUCCGUCGCUCCCCGCCCGCCGCCGCCAGCUUCGAGCUCCUGUACGACGACGGCGCGGGGUCGGGCCUCCGCCCGCUCCCGGAGACCAUGUCCGACUUCCUCAUGGGCUCGGGCUUCCAGCGCCUGCUGGACCAGCUGGCGCAGAUCGAGGCCGCCGGCGGGCUGGCGGCCGGCGCCCGCGACGCCCCGCCGCCGGCGUCCAAGGCCGCCGUCCAGGCCAUGCCCGUUGUCUCCGUCGCCGCCGCCGACGCGCACUGCGCCGUCUGCAAGGAGGCCUUCCACCUGGGCGCCGAGGCCAGGGAAAUGCCCUGCGCCCACAUCUACCACGCCGACUGCAUCCUCCCAUGGCUCGCGCUCCGCAACUCCUGCCCCGUCUGCCGCCACCAGAUGCCCACCGACGCCAUCCCCCUUGAGCAGGAGGAGGAGGCCACGGUCGGGCUCACCAUCUGGAGGCUCCCCGGCGGUGGGUUCGCGGUCGGUAGAUUCGCCGGCGGGCGGACGCCCGAGGAGCGGGAGCUCCCCGUCGUGUACACGGAGAUGGACGGCGCCGGGUUCAACAGCGGCCGCGCGCCCAGGCGGGUCUCGUGGGGGUCCAGGCAGGCCGCGUCCACGAACAGGGGCACCGUCCGCCGCUUCCUCCGCAACGUCUUCGCCUGCUUCGGGCGCGGCCACGCCUCGUCCUCCUCGCGCUCCCACGCCGUGCCUGAGCUCAACAACGACGCGUUCAGCCAUGGCUCCAGGAGCCGGAGCACCAGCUGGAGGCUCGAGGACGGGCAUGCCGACGCCACGGUGCAGAGUUGACGGACGAACCAACUCCUGCUGCCUGCCUCCCUGUCUCUAGUACAGCACGCUGCAAGAAGCGAAUCUUGUUGCUUUUGUUUCAUAAUUCAUUCGUCUUGUAUUGUGUUUACCAUACUGCUGCUCCUACUCCUGCCUGCUACUUAGAAGAAAAAGAGGAAGGGGAAGGGGAAGGCGAAGGAGGAAUUGGAGGAUUUGUAGAACAGGUCGAUUGCAAGGAGACCAUAAAAGGGUUUUCAUUGUAGGUGGGGGAUUGUUUUUUUUUUUUUUU